GGGAAAAAAGGGCCGCACGAGCCUCUAUCGGCUCUAACUGUGUGUCUCGUUACUUUGGUUUCGCUGCGCAAUCCACCCCAGCAAGUUUCAGCCGCCAAAGUGUCGGCGCCGCAGAGAAGAGAGAAGGAGGCCACAAGGCUACAACAAAACGCAAUCGUCAUGGUGCGCACACGCGCCGGCACGAGAACAACAACAUCGACGAGCGUUGCGUCCGAAGCGACGGACAGUUGCGACCCGGCACUACGGAUGGUCCUCCGCGGCACGAUCUGCGCGUCGUCGCCGCUGCGGCUCCUGCGGGGGAAGGAGGACAUCCUCAAGUCCCUCUUCGGGCUCGUGCUCGAAGAGUACUGGGCCGCGUGCCUCGAGGACACGGCCGCGCGCCACCCGCGGGCCUGGGCGCGCGAGUUCGAGCGGUGCACUAACAUAAGGCCGGCCGAUCCUGACGAUGUCGAAAAUGCGCCGCGAACCGGCUUCGGCUACCCGCGCUGGCCGGGGUGGCUCUCGCUCAGCCUCUUCGGGCGCGAAACGGAGGACGGCGAGUUCAUCCGCACGCGUUCGGACAGACUGGUCACAUUUCCGGAGAACCGCGGGCGCUACUGCAACAUGCUUCCGUUCCGGUUCGACGAUCUCGACACGUUGCCGGCCGAGUUCCGCGACUACGCCCGCCUGAUCGAGCGCUGCCAGAGCCACUCGACCGACUACGCCCGACGAGACCCCUGCGUCGCGUACCUGACCGUCGACGAGCGGGCGCCGGCGCCGGGCGCGUCGCAGCGCCGACCGGGCCUGCACUGCGAACGCGCCGGCGCGACCGGGUCACACAUGGAGCCGCCGGAAGCGUUCGGCUGGGGCUACGGGACGGUCUGUUUCAAGGAUUGCGCGCAACCCACGGGCGGUAUCUUCAUGGCCAGUACCGUGGGCGGCACGACGCGGAUCUGGAACACGCGCGUCUGCGACGCGGCCGGCGACGGCGUGAUCGGACCGCACGGCAAUCUCGAGCGCCUCCGGCCGCUGCUCGACGGGCGCGUGGAGUCGCAUACGCUCGAGGCGAACGAGCUGGCCUGGCUGACGGACCGUACGCCGCACGAGAGCCUCCCGGUGCCGGACGGCGCGCCGAGGCAGUACUUCCGCCUCGUCGUGGGGAAGGUCGACCUGUGGUACGCGGCGCACUCGACGGCGAAUCCGCGGGUCGCGCUCCCGGAUACAGUCCGCGUCGUCGCUGGAGACAAGUUCGCCUCGGCGCCGCCGCUGCGCUGGGUCCAGGGCGACGCGGCGCUCGCGGAGGAGCGCACGACUUUCCGCACGAUGCUCGAGAGCUAUUCGCUCGGCGACCGCGUCGACGACAUCGCCGCGUUGGGCGUGAGGACCGUCGCGGACCUGCGCGGCGUGGCGACGCCGGCUGCCCUGGGCAUCAACGCUUACAUGGACGACGAGGACGGGAGGGUCGUCCGCGGCGUCCAGAUCGGGUACCUCGACCUCGAUGACCCGGAAGGGGAGUUCGGUCCCCUCCACAAAGGCGGUGGAAAUCUCUACACUCUCUGGGCGAGUGUCCGAGUGCAGCCGUCUGUCCGCGCGGUGCUCGAGCUCUGGGAACAGAGCGCGAGCAUCUGGCCGGCGGACGUGGACGAGGACGCCAUGGGCGAGGACCGCGAAUUUGAAGGGUAG